AUGGGCUCGGUCACAGUACCCCAAACCGUGGCCGACAUUGACCUUCACACCAAAUUUGCAAAAGCAGGUCUGCCUGACAGUCCUGAAGCAUGGCUGACGCGGGCCAAAGAAGUGGCCCAGAUCCUAGCCAGGGAUGCGACGCAGCGAGACAUUGAGGGGAAAUCACCCGUCAACGAGGUGCAAUUGCUCAAAGCGUCCGGGUUGACCAAGAUCCUGGGCCUUCGUCAAUACGGCGGCGGUGGCCAGGACUGGUCGACGGCCUACAAAGUGAUCCGUGAAGUGGCCCGGGGCGACGGCUCCAUCGGCAUGAUCCUGGGCUACCACCUGUUCUGGUUCUACACGGUGAACGUGGUGGGAACCGACGAACAGAAACACCGCGUGCAGAAGCUGCUUCUGGAGAACAACUGGUUCCUCGGCGGCGCGGUGAACCCUCGCAGUGCCGAUCUCAAGGUCACCGACGACGGCGACCACAUUGUCUUCAACGGAUUCAAGUACUUCAACACCGGCGGAGUGGUUUCGGACGCCACCGUCCUCGAGGGCGUGCUCGACGGCACGGAGCUCCAUGUCUUCGCGCUCGUGCCCACCCAACAGCCGGGGAUCCAGUUCAGCCACGAUUGGGACAACAUUGGCCUGCGGCUGACCGAGUCGGGGAGCGUCAAGAUCGACAAUGUGCGGGCGCCUUGGACCGACGCAUGGGGAUGGGACAGUCAGACGAAACAGCCGAUCGAGGCCAUCUUGAAGGUCCCGUUUGCCUCGUUGUUGCUGCCCACCAUCCAACUCGUCUUCCCCAAUUUCUACAUCGGCAUCGCUCUGGGCGCCCUGGACGCCGCCAAGCAGUGGACCACCACCAAAACCCGGCCGUGGCCGUACGGUGGCGACAACAAGGACAAGGCCACCGACGAACACUACAUCCUGGCUCGCUAUGGCAGUUUCCACGCCCACCUACGGGCCGCCGAGGCCCUGGCCGACCGUGCAGGGGAGCAGCUUCGGGACGCGUACGCCGAACAUGGCGAGAAGAGGGACAUCAGCGCACGCCGGAGAGGCGAGGUGGCCGAGUGGGUGGCGAGUAUCAAGGUCGUGGCCACUGACACCGGUCUCCGUGUGGUGAACGGCAUUUUCGAAGUGACUGGAUCCAGCUCGACCGCCAGAAAGGUCGGCUUGGACCGGUUCUGGAGGGAGCUCAGAGUACAUACGCUGCACGAUCCCGUCGCGUACAAGGAGCGGGAGUUGGGGCGAUUUUUCUUGCUCGACGAAGUACCGGAGCCGACAUGGUACACGUAG